AUGUUGGUGCUGUCGCCAGUUACCAGUGGCAGUAGCCAGUUAUCCUGUAACAUUAUGGAUUUGCUUGAGUUCACGACCUCAACCCUGUGGGGCUGGCGCGACAUACUGGCGCCCGUUCCCCGCGGCGCCAAGCCGACUUUUCCUGAAAUCCUACGACAGUCGCGUGUCAGGGCCCGCCCUUUGCACUGCAAUAUGAAACCUCUUCAUUUUGCAAUAUUCAUUGUUAUAAUUGUGUCAGUUAAUGGUAAAAUCAGUGGAGGACCUCGCGGACGCUUCGAUGACAAGAAUCAUCGAAAAUCCUCGCACCAUGUUACAGCCCAUCACGCUCACUAUUCGUAUCACCCGCCCAGUGAAAUACAUUUUAUGUGUCGACGCUGCUCCAAUUUCGCACCCUACCCCGUCUACCAUGGAGUACUUCCGACAUAUAUUUAUAAAUAUCGCGAAUCGAAUGGAAGCUUCGGAUACCUUUUAAGCGGACUGGCGUUGUACAACCUAGGCAGAGCCUCGGCUGAACAUUGGGAGUACACGCACUUUUACUCAUUAAAUAGAAACGAAAAUUGUUCUAUGCAAGUGGUGGACCAGAAACAUUUUGAGGAGACUGUAUUCCCAUGUUUCAUGAUGUCGUCGUUCAUGGAUCGAUCGCCGGAGAGUUUAAUCCCCAACCCUGAGGCAUUGGACAUAACUUCACCUCAAAUCGACGUCAGACCGUAUAUAUCGCACACAGGAUCAGCUCUGCAAGUGACCAGAGACCAGGAGUGUUUUAUCUGGCACAAUGCUACCACUUCCCGGGAAAAGAACGUGAUACCGUGUGCUCUGCUGAAGGAAUAUGCGGAGACAAUGAAGCCAUCCGGAAUUCCGGUGUACGUAUGGCUUCCGAUAACUAUUGGUACUGUUAUAACUAUUUACAUACUGUGCCAAUGUUGUUGUAAGAGCAAGUCAAGGAAGGAUGAAUCCCUCAAGCCGAGUGCGAUUAGAUUUUACUCUCACUAUUAUUACUAA